AUGGAUGAUGUGGAUGGGUUAAAUUCUCAACGUACAACCGAAUGGGCUCUAUUGUUUCCAUUACGUACCGGAUUAUUAUCACUCAAAUCGUCUUUUAAUAAUUUAACAGAAACCGAUAACGGUAAUUACGACGUUGGUAAUAAUAAUAAUAAUAAUAAUGAAGGAGGUUUAAAUUUGAAAAACUACCUAAGCGAGGAAAACAUAAUCGGGAAAAAAAAAAUGAUGACGACCUCGGAUAAUAUCGGGUCGUACGGUCGUUCGAGCGUUGAAAAUUUAAAUAAAUUGAGGAACCGACGAAGGUCGAGCAUGUCUGAUAUGGAUAAAAUUGAAGGUCUUCUGAAAGAGAAGGCGUCAGAUAUUUCGCUGACCGUCACGAGUAAGCCAUACGAAAACGGAUCAAUUUCGACGCCGAACAGUCCCCAGGCUCAUUACAUGCGACACAUGCAAAAAUCAGAUAAUUUACGGGGUAGCAUCGGAGAUUUUAUGAAUUUGAAACGUUUCGGAGUGAAUUCGGGAAUCGUUACGGAAUCCAUAAUUGCAAAAACCGUGCCGUUGACGACGGUCACAAGGAAAAAAAAAACAACAACGUAUGUCAAAACAUACGGCGACGACGACGACGACGGUGCCGAAGAAAAAACUAAAUCCGACGAAAAGUACGAUGACAAAUUGAUGAAAACAGGAAACAGGAAAAGAAAAUGCGGUGUGGCAUUUACGGAAAAUAUAAUAAUGCAACACAUUGUGAGAAAUAUUUCGGGUGACGAUGUCACCCGAACAAAAGAACCGGGUUCGAACAACAACAACAACAAUAAUAUGGACGACGCGGAUUCGUCGGGUUCUUUUAUUAAAUCAGAUGUUGUCACCGCCAAAAAAUAUUCGAAACAAUUCGCCGAUAAUAGCGCCGCCGCCGCCGCCGCCGGAAAUAUUAACGGAAUAAAAAAAAUGACACAAGUGCCUUUAUCCGGUAGUCAAAGAACGGAAAGACUUUCUAGAAUAAUCAAACAACAUAAUUCGACUCAUCAACUCUAUGCAAAUAUUUAUAAAUCGAUCUGGUUUAUAAAGCUUUUAAAGGGUUUCCGCAGAUGUCGCAGAAAAUAA